AUGUCGUACUGCAGACAGGAAGGUAAAGAUCGCAUCAUUGUGACAAAGGAAGACCAUGAGACACCCAGCAACGCCGAGCUGAUCGCAGAUGACCCCAACGAUCCUUACGAGGAGCAGGGCCUAAUCCUGCCCAAUGGAAACAUAAACUGGAACUGCCCGUGUCUGGGGGGGAUGGCCAGACCGUGCGGCUCUCAGUUUAAGGAGGCCUUCUCGUGUUUCCACUACAGUAAGGAGGAAGUGAAGGGCUCCGAGUGCAUCGACUACUUCCGUAACAUGCAGGAGUGCAUGCAGAAGUACCCUGAGCUUUAUCAGGAGGAAGAUAAAGACGAGUCUGCCGCCCCAUCUGACAAUGCUGCCUUAUCGUCUGAGAGUGACUCUACUGCGGUCACUUCAGCUGUCUCCUCUGACAGCACUUCACCUUCAGACGGCCAGACUGCCAGCUAGGGUCAGAUCAGUUUAAAAGACUGUCCGCCGAGGAGCUCUGAUUGGUCUCUUCUCCUGCUCAAAUCUUCAGAGUGGGACUGUUGACACAGUUCUGACACUAAUGGGAAAUUAACAGGCCAUCAGGAGAAGAGUUUCAGAGAGGUGUGUGUGUGU